AUGUUUGCCAAGUUAGCCUUCGUCCUUCUUGCCAUUGAGGCAUCUGCACAAAGCAUAACGUCUACUGCCACCAGCACAGCUACCUCAACCCUGCCCACACUCCAAUCAGACUGGUACUUCAUCCGCGCCGUGGAAACGCCCUACUACCACAGCUACCUCCAGACCAUCCCAAGCGCCACACCUGGACCCGCUCAUCUAGCCUCGAACACAAACGCGGGUCAGUUCAAUAUCGUCUCGGGUCAGCUCGUUUACAAUACCGGCACCGAGCAGCUUUACAUGAACGUAGAGGACCCUACGAACAAAACGCAACGAACUUUACAAACCUGGUUUAAUGAAACUGAGAACGCAUACGGGACAUUUGCCUUUCAGGGAGACGCAGUUACAUGGACGGUAGAGGAUAUCGAUCGGCAAAAUACCGCGGCGUGGCUUGUUUGUGGGGAAGAUAAGCUGUACAUCAACACUGGGGCUUAUGGGUAUCAAACACCCGAUGGAUGUUAUGAUCAAACGGGAAGUCUGAAUGUUUGA